GAAUAAUCAUGCAUCUUGCAACUCUCGUUGUUCUUACCGGCCUCGUAGUAGGCGUAUACCUAACAACCCGACGCAAACCACCCUCUCUCCCCCUCCCACCAGGCCCUAAGCCCCUCCCACUGAUCGGCAACAUCCACCAAGCCCCCAAAUCGCACGGAUGGCGAACAUAUCAACAAUGGAGCAAGGAGUACGGACCGAUCGUCCACGUGAAUAUGCUCGGACAGCACGUUAUCAUCUUAUCCUCGACAGAAGUCGCACAUGAGAUUCUUGCCAAGACCGGAGCGGCGUUUUCGGAUAGGCCAAGGCUUUUUCUCGCAACCGAACUCGCCCUCAAAGGCCUCAACAUCCUAAUGAUGAACUACACGCCGCAGUUCCGCCAACACCAGCGCCUCCAUGCCUCCGUGCUAAACACCACCCCGGCAGCAUCCUACCUGCCACUACAGACGCUCGAAUCGCGACAACUCCUCCACGACCUCCUCAACCACGCCUCGAACCCGGCAGGGACAGACGUCCAAAAGUACUUCCAGCGCACCAUCGCAAGUAUAAUCCACACGCUGCUGUACGGCUUCCGCAUCGCAGACCCCGAGGAUCCGAUGCUGGGCGAGUUGUCAAGGUUCAAUCACGAGUUCUCAAAAUUCGUCCAGGUCGGCGCACAUAUUGUCGAUAUGUUCCCGGUACUCAAUAACCUCCCUUCGUUUCUCGCGCCGUGGAAAGAAAAGGCCGAGAGGCAUUUUCAGGAUAAGUAUGCGCUGCGGAGAGAGAAUUUCCGGCGCGCGCUGGAAGGGGAGACGUGGAACAUCGCGAAACAUCUCAAGAGUUUGGUCCAGAGCGAUAAAAUAGAUAUGCCUAUGGAUGAGUUGGCCUUCGAGCUCGGGACGAUCAUCGAUGCUGCGCUGGAUGGGACGGCGGAUAGUCUGAUGUGGUUUGUUGUUGCGUGUGUCACGCAGGAUCCCGAGGGGACGGGGUUUAUCGCCAGGGCGCGUGAAGAGAUCGAGACUGUUGUUGGGAGGGAGAGGAUGCCUGCCCCGGAGGAUCGAGGGAAUCUCCCAUAUGUCAGUGCGAUUGUUGAGGAGGUCCUGAGGUGGAGGCCUGUUGGUCCUGAAGGCGUUCCACACCUCAAUAAGGAGGAGGCGGCGUACAAUGGGUACAGCAUCCCUGCAAACUCGGUGAUCGUACCAAACGCCUGGACCAUCUCGCGCGAAGAGAGUAUCUUCGGUCCAGACGCGGACUCGUUUAUUCCAGAACGCUGGCUCGUCGACGCUGACCCCACCUCUGACCCGGACAACGACCCCCAACCAAAAGCUCAACACAAGACACUAAACAAAGCCAUGCUUACCUCCGUCGCCGGCUUUGGCUACGGCCGCCGCACGUGUCCCGGCCGCCACUUCGCGCGCAACGUCAUCUGGAUCGUCAUCGCGCAGUUACUCUGGGCAUUCGAGAUCCGGCCCGGGAUUGAUGAAGAAACGGGGGAGAGGAUACCGGUUGAUCCGCUUGCGUGCACUUAUGGGCUUGUUAUGCGGUCUUUACCAUUUAAAGCGUCGUUUCGGCCUCGGGGGGAGUGGGUUAGGGAUGCUCUUGGGGGUGGGGAUACGUUUGGGGUUGAUUUGGAGGGCAUGUUGGAGAGGAUCGGGGCGGAGGUUGGCAAGAUCUAAAGCUCUGUGAAUCUGAAGUAGGAUACCGAGGAUCCAUAAAUCAAAGCAGCUAUAUCAGUUGACACUGAUCCUCUUCUAGGAUCUUGGAAACGCUAGUGCGAAUAUCUGGGAAUAACUUGUUCGUCUCUAGAGCCGCACCUCAAUCGGAUUAAGACUCCACAAUACUUCGUCUGCGUUGACACACACACGCUAAUCCCUCCUACACAGACGCAGGAAUCCCAUUGAAUGCUAGAUCUCGGCUGGAACCACAUCUCCAUACUCAAUAGUAAUACUCCAAGCUAGCAGGCGAAGUAUAAAGCGCCUUCCGCAACGGUCCCUCAAAAACAUCCCUAAUCUCAUCAAGGUCAUACCCUGCAUUAAUAGCCAGCUGGAGAAGGACCCGCGCCUGGUCGGCGCCAAGGUAGCCUGCAAAUAUACUAUAUCAACACGCACUAUUAGAUCCGCCGCUUACAGCCUGUGAUGAGGAACGCAAGGAGGGAGAGAAAUAUGGAGAUGGGGGUAUAGAGAACGGAGAAG